AUGUCCAGCGGUGUAGUUGAUCAAGCAGGGGGGGCGGUCACGAUUACGUUACACUCCGCGAACAACGACGUGGAUGAGAAGGCCGAGGUGACGGUGGCGCUUAAGAACCCCGAGGAGGCGGUGGAGAGGAUGCUGAAGACGCUGGCGCAGCGCUUUCCGCCUGAGUCGGUGAUGACCAUCCAACCAGGCGGUGCUGGACGGGGUUCCGGUGUCAGCAGUGACGAAGAUGACGGCAAGCACCGCAAGAUGCAAUCAGAAUACCACUCCCGCACGGGAUCGCACACAACUUCUCACCAGCACACAGCUUCACAUCAGUACACUGGAGGCUCACAUACGACCGGUUCGCACGCACACACGAGUGGACAUGGAAACACGAGUGGACAUGGAAACAUGAGUGGACAUGGAAACAUGAGUGCGCGGAAGGGUACGGACCGACACGUCGGACAGCGCGGAGGGGACAGCAGCAGUAGCAGCAGCACACGAGGCGGUUCGCACAAACAUGGCGGCUCCAGUGCGCGCUCGCCGCCCUACGGAAAGUACAGCGGAUACCCUCCCGUCGGCCCGCAAUACAACAUGCCAGACCCGGCACAGUACCCAAACAUGGUCCCAGGCUUCGUUCCCGGUCUUGUUCCCGCCGACAGCCCUAACGCCUUCCAUAAUGUCGUCAAACACCGCACAGGCUCACCCACCUCCGCGGGUAAAAGUGGUGCUACCCGACUACCCUCCAUUUCCGAACACUCCGCCGAGAAGCGCAGCUUCGGCCACACCACCUACCCCAACGGCACGCCCCCUGGCGGCCUGCCGCCCAACGGAAGCGGCAACGGCUACCCAGCCGGCAACGGCUACCCAGCCGGCAACGGCUACCCAGCCGGCAACGGCUACCCAGCCGGCAAUGGCUACCCAGCCGGCAACGGCUACCCAGCCGGCAACGGCUACCCAGGCGGCAACGGCUACCCAGCCGGCAACGGCUAUCCUGCUUAUGGCUCUGGCUACCCCCAGGGCGGCCAGGCCCAGGGGUUGUACCCACCCGGCGGUUACCCCAACGCCGGCUACAACGGCCAGGGCUUCCCGCCGUACCCCUUCCCCAACGGAGCCGGCGCCGGAACCGGCUUCCCGAACGGCGGUACCGCCGGCGGCAGCCACGGCUUCCCCAGCGGCGCCCCCAGCGGUGCCCCCAGCGGCGGUCAAGGAUUCCCCAGCGGCGCCCCCAGCGGCGGUCAAGGCUUCCCCAUCGGCGGUCAGGGUCAAGGCUUCCCCAGCGGCGGUCAGGGUCAAGGCUUCCCCAGCGGCGGUCAGGGUCAAGGCUUCCCCGGUGGCGGUCAGGGUCAAGGCUUCCCCAGUGGCGGUCAAGGCCAAGGCUUCCCCAGUGGCGGUCAGGGUCAAGGCUUCCCCAAUGGCGGUGGUCAAGGCUUCCCUAAUAGCGGUGGUCAAGGCUUCCCCAAUGGUGGUGGGCAGGGCUACCCCGGUUACAACACGGGUGAGCAGCAAGGUUCGCCGAACGGGCGUUCUCCUAGUUAUAACCCCCAAACGUCCCCGAGUUACAACGGGCAAGUUUCGCCAAGCUACAAUGGCCAAGUUUCACCAAGUUACAACGGGCAGCAGCGGCCGGGUGGGAACUCGGGAAGUUUCACGGGUCAGCAUUCGAGACCCUCGGGCGGUGCGGCAGGCGGGAGUUACCACAGCGGCCAGCAGUCGAGUGGCGGCCGCGGUGGCCCACCUGGGGGGCAGUUAAUGCCUGGUUUCGGCGAGCAUGUGGAGAUCUUACCGGACGGGUCGCGUGUGCGAUACGUGGAAGUGGAGGUGCAUGAGGAGCGCGAGAUUGAGGUGCCUAAGCCGGAGAUCCGUGAGGUGGUGAAGGAGGUGAAGGUGCCUGAGUAUCAGACGAAGGAGGUUUUGCAGGAAGAGAUUAUUUACGAGGAUCGAAUUCACAAAGUAGAGAAGAUUAUUGAGGAGGAGCGGAAGAUCGAAACAAAGGUGAAGGAGCGGCGUGAAGUGCCGGUGGAUAAGUUGGUAGAAAAGGUGGUGGACGUAGUCUCGACGCGUGUGGAGGUUGUGGAGGUACCUCAAUAUGUCGAGGUUGAGAAGCCAUACACAGUCGAGCGGAAGGUGGAGGUCCCGCGUUACAGCCGAAAGGAGGUACCUUGCGUCGUCGCGCAGAAACUGCGACCGGUCAUGCGGGAGGAAGGCAAGCUCAAGGUUGAGACGCGCACCUACGAACCGGUACUCUACGCUGUAGACGUCUACGUACCCAAGCCCGUUGCCAACGCCAUAGUUCCUUGCGGCAAAAUCGAUGAGACCCACCAACAAGUCAACGUGCCAGCUGCACAGUACAACUCUCUCACUCACAAACUGAAUCCCGGUCUUGAUAAGCAAACCAUCAAUGAGGUAUGCCUCAAGACUAUCGAGGGACAUGUACCCAUGCUGCCAGCUGGAGAGAUAGCUGACAUCGUACAUCCACUUCCAGGAGCAUGGCAGAAUCCUAAUGACUUCGUUAGACAAUUGCCCCGAGGAGGUCUAACGGAGAAGAAACACAAAAAGCAGAAGAAGCAUCACUCUUCCAAGAAACACCACCACUAA